GAAAGUGAAAGUAGAAACUAUUGAUAACAGAUAUUAAUACUUAUGAGUCACUAGACAGAGAGAACAUUCACUUUACUCCAAUGAUGGCUUCUGUUUACUGGCAAGACUGCCUCUCUCUAAAAGAAGCACUAUUACAUAUGUUAGAUAAACAGAUCUCGUGUGAUGUUAUUUUUGACAUUGGAAGUGACCAGAUACCUUGUCAUAGUUUUGUUUUAAUCGCUCGUAGUCAUGUCUUUGAAGCCAACCUGGACAGUCCAUUGGUCAAAUUAAGCAGCGAUGGUGUGAACACUAUGAAGACAAUAGAAUUACAUGAAGCAGUUGACAUUGAUGGCGUCAAAGAAUUUAUCAGAUAUCUGUAUACAGAUGACAUUCAACUUGGUGAAGAUAAUGUUAUGACCUUAUUGUACUUAGCACGUAAGUACAUGGUUUGCAGUCUGUCAGACCAAUGUCAGAGUUUUAUAACCGCAGCAAGUCUGGAUGAUCCUACUAAUGCAGUAGAGCUUUAUCAUCAGGCAUACCUGCUGGAUAUUACAGAUGUAAUGGAGGAUAGCAUCAAGGUCAUCAAUCAAAGUACAAAGCAAUGUAUGGAAUCGGAGGCGUUCCUUACACUUCCGCCUCAAUGCGUCAGAGGUUUGAUAGCAGACGAUCACCAUCAACUGAACGAAGACAAGAUAUAUCGUUAUGUUGUCCAAUGGUGUGAGCGCAGGUGUGAAAUAGAAGACAUUGAAGACACGGAUGAAAAUUAUAGAAAAGUCCUGGGAGAUAUUUUGUACGAAGUACGAUUUCCCAAUAUUAGUUACAAGUUGUUUAAAUCCUCAAUAGAGAGAAGAAAUAUAUUAUCAGAUAAAGAGAAGACGGAUCUUUUAAACAUGUAUAGAAAUGGGAAAAAAUGCAUUUACAGAGGAAUCUUCAAGUCCAAACCUAGAAAUGUGAGUGAGCGUUUGAUGAGAAUGACGGACUAUGAUGAUAACAUAAUGUUGAGCAAAGUUAACCAUUCAAUAGCUUUCACGUCGUCGGAGAAAGUUCUUCUACAUGGUAUCGUAACAUAUGGAUUACGCGACGUAAAUAAGGAGUUUAAAAUUUAUGUUAAACUUACAGAUGCUAAUGGCAAAGAGAUAACGAAUGAUGAAUUCUGGGUAAAAUCUAAACCAAUGGAAACAGAGUAUGAUGUUAUUUUUCAGAAAGCUGUAGAAAUUCAACCAGACAUUAAAUUUGUCGUAUCAUUGGAAUUUGAUGAAGACAACUGGAUGUGGAAUGGCAAAAAUGGAAUCCGAAGUGUGUAUUUCAAUAACUCAGAAAUACAGUUCACAGAUGAAACUGGAACGGAAGAAACUAACACAUUCCAGGGACAAAUUCCUGGGAUUAUUUUAUCAUAAUAACUAAAAUGAAUGAAGAUAUUUUAUUUUGAUUUUUUGUACUUGUAUUGUAUUAUAAACAUUAUUUCUUUAUUAUAGAAUAAUCACAUGACAUUAGAUUGUGUAAAUUACUUGCGUAAUAUUAAAGCAAAAUAGUUAAUAGAUGAUAUGAAACAUUAUAUUACUCAGAAUUAAAGGCCAUACAUCAUACUAA